CGGCAGUGUGGCGUCCGGAUCCCGCCUCGCUUUACGGCGAUGUGGCGGAGGAGGAGGAGGAGGUAGCCUGGAGGGCGGCCGGAGGCGGCGGGCCCGGACACCAGCUGGGAAUGAGCCUCUUCGACCUGUUCCGCGGCUUCCUCGGCCUCCCGGGGUCCCGGAGCCGCAGGGACCCCUUCUUCGGCGGGAUGACCCGGGAAGACGACGAUGAGGACGAGGAGGAGGAGGAAGAGGGAGGGGGCCGCCCCUGGGCCCCGCGGCCCCCCGAGGAGGAGUUCACCUUCCGGUUCCGCUUCGGGCCCGGCGGCGAGGGAGGGGGGCUGCAUUUCCACGACAACUUCGGCUUCGACGAGCUCGUCCGAGAUUUCAACCGGAUCUUCAGCCAGAUGGACACCUGGACCCUGCCCGCUCGGCGCCCCGAGCUCCCGGGCGCCGAGGCGGAGCCGGGACCCCCGGGACCCUCAGGAUCCCCGGGCGGACGGCGGGAGACGCUCCGGGACUCGAUGCUGAAAUACCCCGACAGCCAGCGGCCCCGGAUCUUCGGCGGGAGCGGGGACGAGGGGCAGGGCGGAUCCCCCCGCCCCCAGCCCUUCCGCGGGUUGUUGGACCCCUGGCCAGGCCCCCCACCCUCAGGAGCCCGAGAAGACAAUGAUCUGGACAGCGAGGUCAGCGAGGCGGGCCUCGGCCCCCUCCUCAAACCCCAGCCCAAGUCCUACUACCAGAGCGUGUCCGUCACCACGGUCCUGGCGCCUGACGGGACGGUAGAAGAGCGGCGCACUGUGGUGGACAGCGAAGGGCGGACGGAGACGACCACGGUGACCCGGCGAGGCGGGGACGGAGACGCCCCCGCCGGAGCCCCCCGGACCCCGGCCUUGGGUGACGCCACCUCAGUCUUGGACCUGCUCCUGGGACGCUGGUUUCGGCCGCGCUAGCCUGACCGGACGCCGGACGUCUCCGCGCGUGCGCGCACGCACGCACGCAAAAUCCCCCCCUCCCCCCCCCGGGCGGGGCUGGGACUCCCCACAUCCUGCCUUACCUGGAGGGAGGGAGAAGUGCCCGCUCCCCGGAAUAAAAUCUCUAUUUAUGCAAACA